UUGGUCACACUUCAUAUUUGUUGUUGCUUGUCGUUGCGUCCCGUGUGUGUCGCUUUGCGUAACGUUAAAAGUUUUGAUUUUCUCCGGCAGACGCAUCCGCCAAAGAAAUGGUGCUGACUAAGGAAUACCGAGUGUGCAUGCCACUCACCGUGGAGGAGUACAAGAUCGGACAGCUUUAUAUGAUAGCGCGCCAUAGUCUGGAACAAUCGGAGGAGGGCGAGGGCGUCGAGGUGGUGGAGAACAAACCAUGCGAGGAUCCGGUCCACGGCAAGGGUCAAUACACGGAAAAGCACAUCCAUUUGUCCAGCCGACUGCCAUACUGGAUUCAGGCAAUCUGCCCGCGCGUCUUCUAUGUGAUAGAGAAAUCAUGGAACUACUAUCCCUACACGCUAACAGAAUACACGUGUUCCUUCAUACCCAAGUUAAAUGUGCUCAUCAAAACUAAGUACGAGGACAACAAUGGCAGCACAGAAAAUUGCUUGGAUCUCAGUGAGGAAGAGCUGAAAGCUCGAACUGUGGAUCAUCUGGAUAUAGCUUUUGAUGAAGUCAGUGCAAAGCAUUAUAAGAAGGAGGAAGACCCCAAAUUCUACAAGUCUGCGAAGACAAACCGCGGUCCACUGAUUGAGGGCUGGCGAGAGACGGAUAAACCUAUCAUGUGCUCCUACAAGGUGGUCCAUGCCAGCUUCGAAGUUUGGGGCCUGCAGACCAAAGUGGAGGACUUCAUCCAGCGUGGGAUUCGGGAGAUUCUCCUGCUGGGCCAUCGACAGGCCUUUGCAUGGGUCGAUGAAUGGCACGGCAUGACCCUCGAGGAUGUUCGCGCCUACGAACGCCAAAAGCAGGCCGAGACAAAUGAGAAAAUCCACAACACCAGUGGUGGUAGUGCAAGUGAGGCGGCGGGAGAUUCUGCCGGCGAAGCCAGUGCAGGUGGAGACAUUGAUUGAGGCUUGAACUAGAUCGUAGAGUAGUUAAAGUGACGGAAUGCAGGCAAAUUGUACCUUCUAUGCCUUGCGGCAAGCUUACAAAGUUUCAUAGGAAAUAUCUUAUUAACAUACGCAUAUUUGUGUAUAUAGUAUAUCAAUGUCGAUGCAUUUCACCGGUCCAAAGAAGCUCAGAGCUCUAGUAACUGCCUGCAGCGUUUAAAAGUACAAUGCACAAGCACCUAGCUGGAAACUCGAAACCAAAUAAUUGUUAAAAACUAGACCACACAAUUUUUAGUCAAACUUAUAUAUGCACACACAUUCUAGUGAACGGUUUGUGUUAACUAUAUACCCUAGAUUAGCCCCAUCCUAAGUGUAUAUUUUGGUGUACAAAUACAGAACGAUUAAACGUAUCAAAAACUUA